AUGGCGUUUGCUGGGACAAAUAUCAGUUUGUCCCAGCCGGAUAUCACGCGGAAACUAACGGAGCGCAUAGACGACCUGAAGCAAAAGAUUGCUGCUUGGGGGAAGCGGAUUCGCCGAUUUACCGAGAGGUCAAGGCGGUUCAACCAGAAUCGUCUCUUCCAGAGUGAUCAGAAGAGGCUCUACAAAUCAUUGGAGCGACCAGAGGUAUGUGGAGCGGGCCCAGGACCGGAUCAGGCUAACACUGUCGCAUUUUGGCGUGGCCUGUGGUCAGAGCCCGUAAACCACAGCGAGGGACCUUGGACGGAAGUUGUGGCGAGUCAGUGUGCGAGUAUUACGCCCAUGGACCCCGUCAUCAUAACGCCGGAUGACGUAGCUGAGGCGGUCCGUAGAGCCCCGAACUGGAAAAGUCCGGGACUCGACGGACUGCAUCACUACUGGCUGUCUGGGGUUCAUGGUGUGUCACGCUGUGCUCGCCCGUCGGUUUCAAGAGGCUCUCAACCAGAAGUCGCUCCCUAG